AUUUAAUAAGAAGGCGCGGCUUCCCCUGAACACAGCAAAACCCAAAUACCCAAUUUUUCCAGAGGAAGUGGGUUUAGAGAAGCGAGCUUAAUUCGAUGUGUUGAUGUCCGGGGAACUUUUCAGUGUGUUUUGGGGAUAUUAAACUGCCUGCAGACGCGGUGGUAGGAAAAAAAAAGAAAACAUCUUAGAGGCUUUGCUCGAGUUGAGGGGACAACAGCGCGGUCUGCUUCUAUCGUCGUGAACAACAAGGCAGGAAGAAAACAUGUCGGUGGAACCGAUUCACAUCAAGCUGGAGGCGGCGGGAGAGCCUCCCAGCUCGUUCCCGGUGGUUCUGAAGAAAAUAAUGGAAAUGCCUCCACCGAACAUACUGGACGGAGAUGACGACACCGAUAAGGAGAAGUUGGGUCUCGAAGGCAAUGUCGACCUGGCCGGAGGAGGGAGCGACAUGGGCCCGUCGGCCGCACUGACCCCUGCUAUCUGGGAGAAAACCAUCCCCUACGAUGGCGAGAGCUUCCACCUGGAGUACAUGGACCUGGAGGAGUUCCUCAUGGAGAACGGCAUCCCAAUAUCGCCCGAAGAUGCCGCUUUAAAGGAGGGCCCGGAAGUAAACGUUGCCAAAGCGGAGAAAGCAAAGACGUCCGUGCAGACCAAGCCAGCAGGCGUGUCCCCUGUGACCUUGCUGCCCAUCCAGCAGCUGGACAGGACCGAGGAGGAAGUGGUGAUCAUCACAAAGUGCGAUUCGGAUGUUACCUGUGACGUCAGCACAGAGGUGACCACCUCACAGGAAAGGGCGACUCCUGAGCCCAUCGACCCAGACGAAAUCGAGGUCGACGUGAACUACGAACCAGACCCUACAGACCUGGUCCUGUCAAGCGUUCCUGGAGGUGAACUGUUUGACCCGCGCAAACACAAGUUCAGUGAGGAGGAGCUCAAGCCUCAACCUAUGAUCAAAAAGGCCAAGAAGGUGUUUGUCCCUGAAGAACAGAAGGACGACAAGUACUGGCAGAGGAGGAAGAAGAACAACAUGGCGGCCAAACGGUCACGAGACGCCCGCAGAUUGAAGGAGAACCAGAUCACCGUCCGAGCAGCUUUUCUGGAGCGUGAGAACUCUGCGCUGCGGCAGGAGGUCGCCGAGCUGCGGAAGGAGUGCGGCCGAUACAAGAAUGUCGUGGGUCGCUACGAAUCCAAAUAUGGACCAAUUGCGGUGCCAGAUGACGAAUAGACAUCAGUUGCUUUGUUCAUUUAUUUCACUCUGAUGAAUAAAUAAAUCCAACCGUUGGCUGGGUGCGCAAGAAUCGAUCUGAUGACGUCGAGGCGGAGUAGAAGAGCUUGUGAAAGCAGGACGUCACAUUGCCAUGGAGAUGUAAAAUGUUAAGAUAUCAUCUGUUGUUUUUUUUAAUUAUUAUUAUUAUUCUUUGUAUGACCACCUCUCUGAGUGAGUGGAAUGUAGGUGGAUAUUCAAGUGCUUCUUCAGCACACCUUGUUUGUGGGGUGCACUUUCUGUUUUGUACAUUUGUAGCCUGAAAGAGAUCAUGAAUAGUUUUAGACGAACUCUGCGGGGUUUUUUUAAGCUUUUAACUCCAUCCGAUGACGUUAAGCCUGUCCACGUCAUGUUUCAGAUCAGUUAAGUUGGUUUGCAGGUUUUUUUCCUUUCUCUCAUAUCAGAUUGUUUUAAAGAGCUGGGCCCAUCUUUGCCCACUGAAACUUCUGACUGUGACACUUCCAAUAACUUGAGCUUCUUCAGGGGAUUUCCGUGACGCGGCACAAAGAGAAGGAAAAAGAACCCAGAAGCUAGCCGUGUUCACUUCUUUUAUGUUUUCAUCAGCACUCCAGAGACGAGCUGCUCUGUACGCCCAGCUUUGAUGUCUGUCCUCUGUCCGCCUGGCGCUGCUGCUCACCAGACAGGCCCGACUCCUGCUUUUCUCUCUGCAGGAGGUCCCUUUCAACUUGUUGCCCAGCUUCAUAUGUUGUGUAAUCAGCAGGUUUAAAAAAAAGUUUAAAAAAAUAUAUUUUUUCAGUUAUUCUAAGGUUCUUUUUUAUGUUUAUUUCACACAGAGCAAAUAACUAACUGAUGGCUCCAUAAAUUCAUCUUUCUACUGAAACUCAGAAGCGUCUCUUCUUGAAGUACUUGUUCUGUAUAGAUACUACUGGUAAUCUCCAUAAUACAUACUGUGACCGGUCCUGUUUUCUACUAAAGUGUCUUCUCCGUCUAAAGCCAUUUCAAUGCAGCCAGCAGUCUAGCAGUUUACAAUCCCAGUUUUGACCUCUCCUCAGGUUAUCUAACUUUCCAGCUCUGACAAGCAAAGGAAAAGCAGUUUUCCUCAUUUAUCUGUUGUGCUUCCAUCCACCGGUAGUCUGAUCAAAUAAGCUCAAUACUAUAUUCUUUUAUCAGGAGAGGGUUUGAAAUGAGAAUGUAAUAAAAAAGUUUUUUUUAUUUUUGGACUUUUAAAUCAUCAUAGGGGAAAUAUUCCGGAUUUUCUUCCAACUCCACAUCCAUCACUUUAAAGCUUAAUUAUUUUCUGUCACAUGAUACGUUAUAAAGACUAUUUUCUAAACCACAUUUUAUGGAGUUCAUUCUAACAAACAAUAAUGGGAUUUCAGACUUUUUAAUUGUUUUUUUUUUUUUUUAAUUGCCUUGUGCUGUAAUAGAGGCAGCAUCUGCCUUUUCUUUAAAACAGGUCAACUUCCUAACUUCCUGGUUGUCUUUGUAUUUCUUUGUUGUUUUUUAAAAAAAAACGUGGCAUUGUGAGUGUGACCCUGUCUUUUGUGUGUGUAUAUAUACAUAUAAAUAUAUAUUAUGCAAAAUAAAAGCCUUGUUGACAAGCUUGGCGGUUUUUCCCCCCA